CCUUUGCCCUUGUAUCUUCUCGGGGUCCAGGGAUUUGGCGAUUAGGGUUUGAAGACAUUUUUUGCGACCCCUAGCUCUCAGUUUCUCUCUCUAUCUAAGACUCUAAUCUCUUCGUCGCCAUGAGCAGAUCUGGUCAGCCUCCGGAUCUCAAGAAGUAUAUGGACAAGAAGCUCCAAAUUAAGCUGAAUGCUAACCGAGUUGUAGUUGGCACCCUCCGUGGAUUUGACCAAUUCAUGAACCUCGUGAUCGACAACACAGUGGAGGUCAAUGGCAACGAGAAGAAUGAUAUUGGGAUGGUGGUUAUCAGAGGAAAUAGUGUUGCGAUGAUUGAAGCUCUCGAACCUGUGAAAACGCAAUAGAUUUUCUUAGAAAUUGUUGCUCGAGUUAAAUGCUCUUUGAAACAAGCUUGUUAUGUAGUGCUGUAGUACUAUUUCUCCGAACCUUUGCAGCACCUUUUUUAUGUAAUGAUGAAGUAUAUGAAACACAAUGUAUCAAGGUUUUGUUAGAGGCUGUAGGCUAUGGGCCUUGCUGAGUUCUUCUUUAAUGUUGUUACAUGUAUUUCAUUAGAAGAAUCCUUUAUGGAUGCUUAACGCAGAUGAAGUAUAAUCUUAUCCACGGAUAACAUUUGAGAUU